AUGGCUCCACACAAACCAGCUGUUGAAUCUGAACUCGAAUCAAACGCUACAGAGACAUCGGUUCAACCAAUGUCGCUGGAGCAACGAAUCGACAACCAUGAGAAGAUUCUGGAGUUUCUCAAGGUGUCCGUUGAAAAGAUCCUCUGGAACCAGACGUAUGGGGUCAUCGAUUCGGCUACCCCAGGGUUUUCGAGUCCCGUACCGGCGGUACAACAACACACUGUGCUGUCACCGGUUAUUGGUUCGGCGAGUGUCAACCGGGAAGGGAUUUUGCCUUUACCCCCGCGCGAGACCCAGUUGCGACCAUCGGAGUUGCAUUACAACACACCACCGCCAGAUCCACGUAGUUCUAUGACACGUGGGUACUCGGAGUACAACAAGCUUGUCGAGUUGCCUUAUUACGAGGGGUCGAACCCGGAUGACUGGUUGUUUCGCGUGGAGAAGUGUUUUGAGCGUAACAACACCCCGGAAUCCGAGUGGAUAAACCAAGCGGUUUCACACAUGACAGGCAGUGCUGUUACAUGGUGGAGGUGGGUACAUGAGAGGUUGCGAAUUCGCACCUGGAAGGAUUUUUGCGAGCGUUUCAAGAGUAGAUUUGGUGCCGGAAGGGGUCAGCCUACCUUGGACCACCUGUUAUCUAUCACACAACAGGGGAGUGUGGAAGAUUACAGGGAACGUUUCGAGGAACUCGCGGUGGAGUUACCUCACGUAUCUGAUGAUGUGUUAGAGGCAGCGUUUCUGAAGGGUUUGAAACGUAGCAUAAGAGACCAGGUAGUGCGUAUGCGUCCACUAGACAUGACGAAACUAGUUGAUGGCACUAAGUUGAUAGAGAGCCAGGAGAAUGAGAAAGCAAGCUAUCACGCUCGAGUAGCUCAACGGCAUUCAUCCACUGGUCAGUUUGUGAAUGAGUCCUCUAGCUUCAAGAAAACCGGAGAUUACAGUCGUGAUACACGCAAGGCAGUAACCUCGGGGGAGCCUAAAAUAACAAACCCUUGUAGGUAUUGUGGUGAUAGAUGGGUACCUGGACAUCGUUGUAAGCAGCAGAAGCUUAAAAGUCUGGAAGUGGAGGAGGAGGAGUUCUUCAAAGUGGAAGAUACGGGGGAUGAUCAGGAAGAACUCCAGGAGAUUGUGACUCUGUCUGGGAGCAAUGUCAGCAAUUUCAUUUCGGAGAGAGUGGUAAAGGAGUUGCAGUUACCUGUGACUAGUAGCAAGAGGUUUGGUGUGAGAGUAGCAGGAGGACAAAUCCUGAAGGGACAAGGCAAAUGUGCGGGUCAGGUUCUGAACAUCCAAGGAAUCCAGAUUGUCGGUGAGUUCAGAGUAUUUGAUCUGGGGACCUCCACAGAUGUCAUUUUGGGAUAUUCGUGGCUUGACACCUUAGGAGAUACCAGAAUCAACUGGUUAAACCGAACUCUCAGCUGGAAGAUAGGAGUACAGUGGGUAACCAUUGUGGGAGAUCCGGAUCUGAGUAGGGGGCAAGUAUCCAUCAACUCCAUGGAGCGCAUCAUUAAGAAGAAAGGGGUAGCUUACCUUUUGGAGCUUACAACUCUUUUAAAGAACCAGGGGCAACCUAACAAGAAAACGGACCAGAUCGAUGCUGUUAACAGUGUGGUGUCUCAUUAUAAGGAGGUGUUCGCGAUGCCAGCUCAGUUGCCUCCAACCAGGAACAGAGAGCAUGCCAUCAUACUUAGAAGUCCAGUGCUAUUGGUCAAGAAACGCGACGGGGGAUGGAGGUUUUGUGUGGAUUACAGGGAACUCAAUAACGCCACCGUACUUGAUCGCUAUCCAAUCCCAGUAAUAGAAGAGUUGUUGGAUGAACUACAAGGUGCAACAAUCUUUUCCAAGCUGGACCUCAAAUCCGGUUACCACCAGAUCUGGAUGAAGAGUCCAGACGUCGAGAAAACUGCUUUCCGCACCCAUCAAGGCCAUUAUGAGUUCUUCGUUAUGCCUUUUGGCUUAACCAAUGCCCCUUCUACUUUCCAAUGCAUCAUGAACGAUCUGUUUCGCCCCUAUCUCCGUAAGUUUGUACUAGUCUUCUUCGACGACAUACUCAUUUAUAGCCCAAACCUUGCGGAGCACUUGACGCAUCUUGAGUUGGUACUGGAGCUAAUGCCUCAACAUAAGUUCGUUGCCAACGAGAAGAAAUGCUCAUUCAAGUUGCUCAAGAAGAAUAACUUCUCGUGGACAGAAGCAGCUACAACCGCCUUCAACAACCUCAAGCAAGCAGUGACCACUAUACCUGUGUUGGCGUUGCCGGAUUUCAAGAAGAAGUUCACGGUUGAGACAGAUGCUUCAGGGGUGGGGAUUGGCGCAGUCUUAUCUCAGAACAAGAGACCCAUUGCUUUCCUGAGUCAAGCUUUCUCUUCUACAGGUCGCACCAAGUCUGUAUAUGAAAGGGAGUUGCUGGCUAUAGUAAAGGUUGUGUCUAAAUGGAAGCAUUACCUCACUGGACUGAACUACAGGAUCGAGUACAAACCGGGAGUGGAGAACAAAGUGGCGGAUGCUCUAUCACGACGCCCAGUCAUUGAGGAAUUAAUGCAAUUGUCACUCGCAGCUCCGGUAAAUUUGGAUAAGGAGGAACUCAGGGUUCAGGUUCAGGCAGAUGCAGAACUGGGUCCAAUAAUGGCCAAGCUGGAACAAGGUAUUGCUAUUCCAGAUUACAGUUUAGAGAAAGGAAUGCUUCUGAGACAGGGUAGUUUGGUUAUACCCCGAGGAUCUCCCUUCAUUCCAAAGCUCUUGGAGCAAUUUCAUGCUAGUAAAGUAGGAGGGCAUGAAGGAGCUCUCAAGACUUAUAAGAGGUUGAUAUCAGAAGUUACUUGGAGGGGAAUGCGCAAGGAUGUGUUGCAAUUUGUCACCAGUUGCCAGAUUUGGUCAGAUAUCAGCCUUGAUUUCGUGGAAGGAUUGCCAAACUCGAAAGGUUUUAACUCCGUGCUAGUUGUGGUGGAUCGCCUGAGUAAAUACAGCCAUUUCAUCGGGUUGAAGCAUUCGUAUACCGCCAAAACAGUGGCUGAAGCUUUUAUUCGGGAGGUGGUUAAGCUGCAUGGAUUCCCAGAAUCGAUGGUGUCGGAUAGGGAUCGAAUUUUUCUGAGUAAUUUCUGGUAUGAACUGUUCAAGUUGCAGGGGACUAACUAA